AUGGAUGAAUACGAAUCACAAUUGCUCGUUGUGGAGCAGGCGUUGGAAAAUGCCACGGAUGAAGCGCAACGCCAGGAACUUUUGGACCUAAAAACUAACCUGCAGGAGCUGCUGGCCCUCACCCGGGAUUCAGGAGAUGAACCAUCUACCGAUAAAGUACCUCAUCAGGAAGACGACCUGGACGACGAGCUGCAGCGAUUGAAAAGCGAGCUCAACGAGCUGGAAGUGACGGGCGCUACGCAAGAGGCGGUAGAUGAAGAGCGGCAACUUGCUAAUUUAAGGACCAAGUACUCAGCCAUGGUGGGUGAGAAAUGUUCCGCUCCCCACGAGCACAGUUGGGGUACAUGCUAUCAUAAUGCCUUAAUCUGCGGAGUGGACGACGAAGUGGUUAUGAACAGCGAAGGCUUCUUGGAUGCUAGACUAAGAGUGCUUUUUACAAAUCCGACACAUCGAGAAAUGUUGCCUUGUUCCUAUUACCUCGAAGGAGAGUGCCGUUUUGAUGAAACAAGGUGUCGCUUUUCCCAUGGCGCCCUGGUCCCCGGUAGCUCUAUUAGAAAAUACAACCCACCGGAUUUCCACAAACUGGCCCGUAGUCGUCCUGUGUUUGCGCUACUUCCGGACCGCUUGUGGCACCGUGGUCGUGUUCUUUGUGUAAAUUUCAUAGAACAAGUGUGCCGAGUGCGCUUAGAUGGACAGGACCACAAGGAGCGCGAACGUGACUUUAAAUUCGAAGAGCUGUUUCCACUAACCACCGACCAGGAUGAAGAUGACGAGCUUUCAAAUGAAGACAGCAUCUCCAGCAUGAAUGACGACAGCAGUGACGAGGAAGACUCGGAUAUGGAUGACGUGGAAGAAGCUAGGAGAGCCCGAAUGGUCGAGUUAAGUUUGUUUACUUUUAAGCCAACGGAACGUUUGGGUGCAUGGGAGGAGUAUACACGAGGCAUUGGAUCUAAACUUAUGGAAAAAAUGGGCUAUAUUCAUGGUACUGGACUUGGCUCAGAUGGAAGAGGCAUCGUAACCCCAGUAAGCGCCCAGAUACUUCCUCAGGGUCGAUCAUUAGACGCCUGCAUGGAACUGCGUGAGGCCGCUAAUGGCGAUAAGGACUAUUUCAGCGUGGAGCGAAAGCUGAAGCGUGCCCAGCGGCGACAGCGAAAAGUGGACGAAAAAGCUUACGUCAGGGAGUCGCAGCGUACAGAUGUUUUUACAUUUCUAAACGGUAGUGUUCUGGGUCCUGGAGAAAAGUCAGAGUCAGGCGAGCCUGUAGCUAAGAAGGUUAAAACGAACGAACUACAGCAGCACUCGACUAAAGCUCUUAAUGUAGAAACAGUGCGAGUUGCUGAUGAAAUACGCCGAAAGCAACGGGACAUGGCUAAGGUGAAACAGUCGAUAGACCGAAACUCUGGAGAUGCACAGGUCCAGAAACGACUACAAGUGCAGUUUGAAGGCCACAAACAGGAGCUGGCUUUGCUGCAGGCCCAGGAACGCAGCCUGAGCAAAGAACAGCAGACGCGCAAGAGCAAGAAUAAAAUGUUUGAGUUCUAAUAUA